GACUUCUCUUCUCAUUGAAAUUUACUUAGUUUACAGUAGGACAGGGAAUAUCGUAGUAUGACCUCAUAAACUGCGAGACAAAACUUUCUAACGCACAACAGUACGGCCAAAGGGAAGGCGUUGCCCUUCGUCCACUGGUAGGCUAAUACUGGAAACUCGUGGAAGUGCGAAACCUCGUCUUUUCACUAAUUCUCGUGGCUUUCGCUGCACAUAAAACACCCCGGAAGAGGUGACUUCGGCUGGAUCGCGAUGGACACACCGCACCUGACGGAAGAUGAGAUGGCCGAAAUAAAAAAGGAGGUCCUGGAGAGACUGCGGCCUUACCUGUGCGAUAAAAUCAUCGCAGAUCGGCACUUUGACUACCUGCGGUCCCGAAAGAUUCUGUCCAGAGAAGACACAGAGGAGAUCAACUGCAGGACGACUAACAGAAAGAGGACAGGCAAGCUGCUGGACUACCUGGCCGAGAACCCCAAAGGCCUGGACACUCUGGUGGAGUCCAUCCAGCUCAGCAGGUCCUCCAACUUCAUCAUCACCAAAAUCACAGACGAGGUGCAGAGAGUGAAGAACGAGAGAAUCCAGGCUCUGAAAGCUGGGCUCUCCUGCAGCGAAUACCUGCCUCCCAAAUGCAUGGGUGCCACGAACGACCUCUCCAGGAUGCUGUCGAAUGAGUCCAACUACGGGAAAGCGUGCGAGUCCACGCUGCCGUUCCACCCGGAGAGCGAGUGGAGCGCUUCCUGCUCGGGGCUGGGCGCUUCCUGUUUGGUAACGGGCGCUUCCUCCUCGGAGACGGGCUCUCUCAACCUGCCCUGCCGACCGGCCCAAGCCAGCUUCCUCCACAGCACUGCUGGGGCAUCCUCCACCUCCACCCUGCCCAAGCCCGGGGACCCCGGGGCCCCCCAGCUCCCACAGGAGCUGCAGACUGAGCCUCAGGUGGCUGCCGGGGGCGACAGUGGGGGGGGCGCCUUUCAGCCCCUCCGCUCUCGAUCCAUGAACCCCCCGUUCCACAGCGCACCCUACUCCAGUUACUAACGGGCUUCUGUCCGCUGUGCUACACACUCUAUUUUGAAAUAGAUGUGAGGAAAUUGUUUAUCUUUUCAUUAGCCACAUGAGUUGGUAACGGCAACUGCCAAACUCAAGCUGUUUGGUAAAUUUUUUGUACAGACAAUUCAUCUUUUGUAAAUAUUAAAAUCUGGGAAACAUA